UCAUAUUCAAUUUAGGGAUACAGAGAUGGAUACGUAUGGUUAGCCAGAGGACGUAAAAUAUGUCCAAUAUUUGCUUUGGAAUACUGAAACCAUUCCACCAUGGAACUCGUAUUCGAUAUCCGAUAAAUACGCGCAGGAAUUGAAUUGAAUUGUAUUUUAUGGAUAGGCAUAUUUUUUGCAUCACUAACCACUUGAGGAUUGUAAAUGAGAAACAUGCGUGUGGAAGACGGACGGAUUGUUAGUCUUGGUUUUGAACCCAUUUCUAAAACCAAGCCUCCAUCGCAAGGACGGGCCACCAUGCUCCUUGCGUCCGCUGUGGUCGUGUGGGAAUGGCUCAACGAACACGGGCGGUGGCGGCCCUACAGCCCGGCCGUCUCCCACCACAUCGAGGCGGUGAUACGAAGCGAUCCCCGUGGUGGGAGCGUCGUGCUAGGCCAAGUCGACAACCGCCUCUCGCCCUACAUCCUAGACCUGCAGUCGAUGCACCAGUUCAGGCAGGACACAGGUAAGAAGACGAGAGGUGGGAAUGGCUGUUGUUGUUGUUGUGGGGAUGCUGUUGUCAUGUCGUUAGGCUCCUGGUGUUGUUGGUGUAAGAAGGCAGUUGGAUGUAUGUAGGUGCAGAACUUUUGUGAAACAUCACAGC